AUGCCUAUCGGCGAUAAGAUCAAGAAUGUCGGCGCCAACAUUAAGGACGCACUGACUCCCGGCCACCAGGACUCCACCACCGGCACCGGCACCGGUACCUACACCGAGAAGGGUACCACCGGCUACGGCACCACCGGCAACACCACCGGGCUCGCCGGCACUGGCGCCGGUUACGGCACCACCGGCACUGCUGGAACCACCGGAACCACCGGAACCACCGGUCUCACUGGCAGCGACACCAACUACUCCAAGACCACCGAGACCUACGGCUCCACCGGCGGUACUGCGGGCGCCUACGGCACCGAGGGUGUUACCGGCCACCACUCUGGCCAUGGCCACAGUCACACCUCUGGUGACACCAAGACCCACAUCGAGUCUGCUGCCAGGCAGGGCAAGGAGCAGGUCCUUGGCCAGGACUACUACACCAACACCGAGGAUCGUUCUCUGGUGAAGGAGCGUGUGGAGCAAAUCCGUGAGCACCGCCCCGUGGAGAAGGAGUUUGUGGUGGAGACCCGCGCCACCGGCAAUGAGCGUGAUCUGGUUGACCAGCGCUCCACCGAGCACCUCGGCACGCGCGAGCGCGUUAUUGAGGGAGCUGAGCGUGUUUUCGAUGGCAAGACUUCCGAGACACAUACCACCGGCACUGGCCACCACACCUCCACCAAGUACUGA